AAGCAAAGGCAAAAACAAAGCACAGCAGCAAUUGUUUAUAGGAGUGUUUAUCUGUAUGUAUCGCAAAUGUAUCUGUAUCUGCAUCUGUAUCUGUAUUCACUUAGCAUGGCCCACCGCCAACAGCUGACUUUCCCCGCGUCUAGCCCCCAAUUUCAGUUUAAUGUCUUGCCAUUACGACCGCCCCGAGUUGCAGCCCGAAAUUAUAGAAAUUAUAGGAAUUAUAUUGCAGCGCAUUCCAGGAGCUAAUUGUUUACUCUACACAAAUGGAGUCUAUAGUGCGUGCUAGGCAUAGUAGCAGUACUACCUAUAGGCAGGAAACAAAGGCGGCUAGUAUCUCUUGAUGCAUUUGUAUCUUAUGCAGUGAGUACUCCCCACUACGAACCCAUGGCGAACACACUGAAAGCGUGCUUUUAUAGGACUUCAUUUCCCUAAGCACGCAGUCCACACUUUAAAAAGUCCACCAUCUGGCAGGCUUCACUGUUCCGCCUUACAUUGUUAGGUUUCCCCGAGUUCUCGGCACGCCAGUGAUAAGUAGUUCAGCUUGAUACACUGACCUUUAAUCCCCGCGUGCUGCACACCCAGCAACUGCUGAUUACUGGCUGCUUUGCACGUCGACGGCUUCCCAAUCAAUCAAUUUCGACCAACUAGCUCAACUAAUUUGCACCCAAAAGAUGUAAUGUUAAUUGGCAUUGGCCCGCUGCAUCGGCGGCGUCGGCGGACUUAUCAAUCGAAGUCGGUCGACGGCAUGCGAGCGAACACUAAUGAAAACGCACUCGGCUCUUUGGCCAAGGUACGACAGACGUUCCAUGUUUCAUGAAUGAAACAAAACCACUCUGAACUUUGGUCUUCGUCCAACGUGGGAUGAAUGGGUGGCGGCGGAUGACGGCUGUGACACAACCGUGUGAUGAGGGGGCACGCAUGGGGAACUGAGUGACUGACGCUGCUGAUUGAUCCAUUGAUUGACCAUUUAGGUCGUUUAGGGGCGGCAUCAACCCCAAGUGCACGGCAUGAACCGCUGAAGUGAGUUGUGCUGGGUGUUUGAGAGUAAUCAUGGAGCUGACGUUGACCCGCUGCGUCAGCGCGGAGAGUGGGGGCAUUCAGAACUCCAGUUUCGAGACCGCUGCCUCCCAAUCCCAAUCCCAGGAGGACGUCAGUCGCCGGAGGUCCGCCGCCUAUGCCGCGGCCUAUGCGGAAAUGCUGCGCGAUGCAGGACACCAGCGCUCCAUGUCCUUGGUGCAGACCAAGCUGACCAAGAACGGCUGCUGUGUCAGUGCCCUGAAAAAAAGGACCAACUCAUCUCUGCUUCCUUUCAGGUCCCAGAACAAUCUGUGCAAUGGCGGCUUGGGCAGCAACAACCAUGCCUUGGCACCCAAGGUGGCCAACAACAGCGGUGGCAGUCCGAAUGGCCAGAAGAAGGGAACCAUCGCCUUGACCCAUCUGCCCCAACGGCCGCCGGUGGACAUCGAGUUCUGUGAUAUAUCCUACUCAGUGACCGAUAGCCAUCGGCGUGGAUUCAAGACCAUCCUGAAGAGCGUCUCGGGCAAGUUCCGGAAUGGAGAGAUCACAGCUAUCAUGGGACCCUCAGGAGCCGGAAAGAGCACACUGAUGAACAUCCUGGCGGGCUACAAAACCUCCCAGCUCAGCGGCUCAGUACUGAUCAACAGCAAGGAGCGGAAUCUGCGCCGCUUCCGCAAGCUCUCCUGCUACAUCAUGCAGGACGAUGUGCUGAUCGCCAAUCUGACCGUUCGCGAGGCCAUGAUGGUGGCCGCCAAUCUGAAGCUGGGCAAGAACAUGAUCAGCUACGCCAAGGUGGUGGUGGUGGAGGAGAUCCUCGAGACGAUUGGCCUCAAGGAGUCGGUGAACACGCUGACCUGCAAUCUGUCUGGCGGCCAAAGGAAGCGACUGUCCAUUGCCCUCGAACUGGUCAACAAUCCACCCGUGAUGUUCUUCGACGAACCCACCUCCGGACUGGACAGCUCCACCUGCUUCCAGCUCAUAUCGCUGCUGAGAUCGUUGGCCAGAGGAGGACGCACCAUAGUGUGCACAAUCCAUCAGCCGUCGGCGCGACUCUUCGAGAAGUUCGACCAUCUCUAUCUGCUGGCCCAGGGCCAGUGCGUUUACGAGGGCAGAGUGAAGGGCCUGGUGCCGUACCUAUCAUCCCUGGGCUACGAAUGCCCCUCAUAUCACAAUCCCGCUGACUACGUCCUGGAGGUGGCGUCCGGGGAGUACGGCGAUGCUGUUCCCAAGCUGGUGGAUGCGGUAAAGAGCGGGGCUUGCAAGAAGUAUUCGCACAAGGAUUAUGUACUGACGCUGGCCCAAAAGGGAUGCCACAAUGACAUUGUCAAGGGCAGUGGCAGCGGUGCGGAGAAUGCCAUGGCCAUCUUGACCCUGGAGGAUGAGAAGCCGCCGUUGGAGGACAGGCAGCUGGAGCCCUCGUUACCCGUCGAGGAUCCUGCGGAGCUGAAACCACCGAAGCUGGAGACGCAGCAGUCCCAGAACUCCGACUGCAGCGUGGUCAUUAUGCCCACCAAUGCCGUGGACGACAGUUGCAGCUUUAGCUCCUCGAAGGGCACCCACAAUGCGGUGGGCUCCGGAUCGGGUGGACCCAGUGCCGUGGUGGGCUGCAUGACCUCGCUGCUGGAUUCACACGAGAGCGUGGUCACAUUGCCCAACAAGACGGGUUUCCCCACCAGCGGCUGGACGCAAUUCUGGAUCCUGCUCAAGCGCUCAUUCCGCACCAUCCUGCGCGACAAAAUGCUGACUCACAUGCGCCUCUUCUCCCACGUGAUCGUUGGAGCCAUCAUCGGCAUGAUCUACUAUGAUGUGGGCAACGAGGCCAGCAAGAUCAUGAGCAAUGCGGGAUGCAUCUUCUUUGUCUCCCUAUUCACCACCUUCACGGCCAUGAUGCCCACCAUUCUGACCUUUCCCACCGAAAUGUCAGUGUUCGUAAGGGAGCAUCUCAACUACUGGUACUCCCUGAAGGCCUUCUACUUCGCCAAGACCAUAGCGGACAUGCCCUUUCAGAUUGUCUUCUCCAGCGUCUACGUCCUGGUGGUGUACUACCUAACCUCACAGCCAAUGGAAUUGGAGCGGGUCUCGAUGUUCGUGCUGAUCUGCGUGCUCAACUCCCUGGUGGCACAGUCGCUGGGACUGCUGAUCGGGGCGGGAAUGAAUAUCGAGACGGGUGUGUUCCUCGGCCCAGUGACGACCAUACCCACGAUAUUGUUCUCCGGGUUCUUUGUGAACUUUGACACCAUUCCGGGCUACCUGCAGUGGGUCACCUACGUCAGUUAUGUGCGCUAUGGCUUCGAAGGUGCCAUGGUGGCCAUCUAUGGAAUGGAUCGGGCCAAGAUGCAGUGCAAUCAAAUGUACUGCCACUACCGCGUGCCCAAGAAGUUUCUGGAGGAGAUGUCCAUGGACAACGCUCUGUUUUGGGUGGACGCCGUUGCCCUGAUCGGAAUCUUCUUUGCCCUGCGCAUCAUCGCCUACUUCGUGCUGCGAUGGAAACUGCACAUGAUCCGCUAAGCGGACAGCUUGUGGGAUUUGUUCUUAGUCUAGGGCUAUCAUUAUCACCAUAUGUUAGAGAUCACCUGUACAUAGAAGGGGUUUGGGGCCUAGUGCGAGCGGUGGAUAGUGGGGCGUUUGGGAUCCCAAGGAAGCAGGAUUGUAGCUAGAUGAUGUAGCUUUACCGCAUUCUGAAACUUCUCCCGUCGCGCUUUGUACGUUUAUACAGACAGACAGACAUGCACACGCAACGCAUCGGUAUCUAGAAGACGAUUCUAAAUAUAUACCCAUGGAUAUAUAUACACCCGUACAGUAGCUGUUCUGCAUACCACAAAACAAAAGAAAACAAAAUGGAAUUUACAUAGAACUAUGAAUAGAUAUUAACUAGGUAUUAACUAGUACCCACGUAGAGCCCCACUUCAACACACACUUCAAUCGAGGUAUAAUUCUUGUGACCAAGCAGAAAAGAGUCUGAACUUAAGUAGGUUGAAAACAUAACAAAUUGUAGACAAAGAUCCUUUAAAGCGGAAACCGAAUCGGUGCAGAGUUUAGGACACGACUUUCUCCCAACGUUCUUCACUCCGUCCCUAAGUUGUACUCCCAAAUACACCACCUUUCUACACUCUUCUUUUGACAAUCGAUUUCGAAACCAGAAAGGACGCGGCGUGCAAGCAAACGGAAGUUAGGGCAAGUGUGGAGAGCGGAAAACGGAUAGCGGAAAGCAGAAAGCGGAAACGGAAACAGAAAUCAUUCCCUUGUGAUAGAAAGCGGUGCAGUCCGGGCUGGGAAAUCCACAUCCCGGACAGGAAAGGUAGAACCAACAAAUCGGAGAAGGGAACCUGGCCAACUGGUGAUAUAAAGCAAUUACUAUUUUUACGGUGGGAUGCAAUCGGAUUUGUGUUAGCUGCGCGUAUUUGUGAUUAUUACAUUUUAAUUUAGUA